AUGUGUCUUGAUAUAAACAGAGAAAAACUAAAACAGCUACAAAAGAGGCUUCAAAAUAUUAAUUAUAUAAUAAUUGAUGAAAUGAGUAUGGUAGACCACAGAAUGCUUGCUAUAAUAGAUGUGCGACUAUGCCAGGCCUUCUCAGAAUAUAAAAAUAUACCAUUUGGUAGCAGAUUGGUAAUUCUUGUUGGUGACUUUGGCCAGCUUCUGCCAGUUUGCGAUCUUCCUAUGUAUGUAAAAAGUCUUCAUAAUCAUGAUUCAGUGUCAAAUGAUGGUCGUAUAGCUUACUCUCAGUUCUGGAAAGUUUACAGACUUGAAGUAAUUCAAGAAGUUUUGGUGACUCAAUUUGAAAAUAGAGUAUCCAGAGUUGAAUGCAAUCAAUUUUCUGAAACCACUCAUAUUUUAACAAGAUGGUUGGAUGUCGAUGAAGUUAAUAUUAAUAUGCUUAAAUCGCUAUAUUGCUCUGUUGCCAGAAUCCUUGCUGUGCAUAGUGGUGGUAAAGAGGCUCUUACAGCUGACUCUGAUGUA